AUGGAUCUGGCCAAUGAGACCACAGUCCAGGAAUUCAUUUUACUGGGUUUGGAGAGUGGACAAGAAAAGCGAUUCUAUCUCCUUGUUCUUUUUAGUUUUACAUACGUAAUAACUUUGAUUGAAAACACCACUAUUAUCAUUCUGGUACAUGUAAAUGACCACUUAGCUCAGCUGCCCAUGUACAUCCUCUUGGGAAAUUUCUCCUGGUUGGAAAUGUGCUACGUAACCACCACCAUGCCUCGGAUGAUCUUUGAUUUGGCUUCCCCUCAAGGGACCAUCUCCUUCCAAGCCUGUUUCCUACAGUUCUAUGUUUUCUUCUCAUUUGGCAGCACUGAAUGCUUCUUCCUCUCAGCCAUGGCUUUGGAUCGCUAUUUAGCCAUUUGCCACCCACUCUGCUACCCAACAGUUAUGUCUCCAAGAAACUGUUCCAAGCUUGUAGCUGGUUGCUGGGUUGCUGGGUUCUUGGGAUAUGCUGUCCCAGUGACUUUGAUCUCCAGACUGUCCUUCUGUGGCUCCAACAUCAUUGACAAUUUUGUGUGUGACCAAGGCCUCCUCUCCCUGGCUUGCUCACCU